UUGCUGCCGCUCUCGCCAUACCGACUCGUGUCGCACGGUCGCGCAGUCGCACCGUCGCGGUUCGUCCCACGAUCCCUCGUGGACUCGAUCCAACCGCUCUCCUCCAUCAGUGCCCGAGUGCUAGACCGGUGGGACCCAACGCCACACCACCGGCCGCCGCCGCCGCGCCGCCAUUCGCGAUGCUCCGCGCCGCCGUCUCCCGCCUGCGCGCGCACCUCCACCCCCACCCUCACGCCCACCACCACCACGGCCUACCCUCCGUGACGCCCGCUCCGCUCCGCUCCCUCUCCACCCGCUGGGGCAAGCGCUCCUCCCCGACCGCGUCGCCGCCCGCCGACUCCGACGACGAGGGCUCCCCGCGCGGCCUCUCCCUGCUCCCCCGCGACCCUGAGCGCCCGCCGCGGCUGCUGGUGGUGCAGCCGCGCCUCCGCCCGGGCUCGCUCCUCGACUCCAAGCUCGCCGAGGCCCUCAACCUCGCCAACUCCCUCGAGGAGCCGCGCGACGGCUUCUACAAGGAAGGUCUCGCCGCCAAGGGCGCCCCGCCCCACCUCGUCGCCCAGAACCCCUCAUCCCGCGGCCGCUCCCAUGUCGAUAAAUUUUUUGGACCUGGAACUGUGGAUAAUGUUAAGUGCUACCUGAGGACAUCGGAAUCAGAGGAAGGAGUAGAUGCAGUUUUUGUUAAUGCAAUUCUCACUGGAAUCCAACAAAGGAACUUGGAGGUUGCCUGGGGUAAGCCGGUUUUAGAUCGUGUUGGGCUUAUAAUUGAGAUAUUUAAUGCUCACGCUGAAACAAAAGAAGCAAAAUUACAGUCAGAGUUAGCAGCUCUCAUGUACAUGAAGACUAGACUUGUCCGUGUCCGUGGUCCAGGUGGACGAUUAACUUUUGGUUCGAGUGGUGAAGCUGAAGUUGUAAGUGCUCGAGGGAGAGGAAGUGGGGGACGUGGCUUCAUAAGUGGUGCUGGUGAAACAGAACUUCAACUACAGCGGAGGAGAAUCCAGGAAUGCCGUGUCAGAUUGUUAGCUCAAAUUGAAGAUGUACGUCGAACUAGAGCGAUACAACGCUCAAAUCGAAAACGGCAUGGCAACUCAUUUGGUCAAGAGCUUGUAACUGUUGCUGUUGUUGGCUACACUAAUGCAGGAAAAUCCACUCUAGUGAGUGCACUUUCUGAAACUGAUCUAUACAGUGAUGACAGGCUAUUUGCUACAGUGGAUCCCCGCUUACGCAGUGUGAUCCUCCCAUCAGGGAGAAAAGCACUUCUUAGCGAUACUGUUGGCUUCAUCUCAGACUUGCCUGUGCAGCUAGUGGAAGCAUUUCAUGCUACUUUGGAAGAAGUUGUUGAAGCAGAUAUGUUAGUGCAUGUAUUAGAUUCUAGUGCUCCUAAUAUCGAGGAACAUCGUUCUACUGUUCUGCAAGUAUUGCAACAGAUUGGUGUUUCACAGGAUAAAAUCAACAGUAUGAUCGAAGUUUGGAAUAAGAUUGAUAUUGUGGACAACAAUGAUAAUGAUGUAACUGAUGAUAUUGAAGAUGAGAUUUUCCUGACCGAAGGUGAGGAGGAUAAGGAGGAAGAAUUAUUUUCUGAAAACGAUGUGCCUGCAGAAGAAUCAUCAUUUGAGUCCUUGGAUGAUGGAACAGACUCCGAAUAUUUAUCAGAGGAAAAUUUGGAAGGCAACAAUGGUGAAAUAUCAUCCUCACUUGAGCCUAGUGAGAUGAGAGCAAUGAACUCAGUAUCAUCAUCAUCAAAAGAUUGUUUUGGAGAGCUUUGUGGUCCAGAAACUAUUAGUACAGAUAGCUGCAGUUCAACACAACCAAUGUCCACUUGUCAUGUGAAAACUUCUGCAGUGACAGGGACAGGAUUGCAAGAGUUACUGGAGCUAAUAGAUAAGAAACUAACCGAGCGGCAAACUAUUGUGGAGAGAAGCUAUGGGCCUUUUGAUAGAAAAUGGAGACCAUCUUCUUCUGUGGUUGGUGAAAAGGCCGCAGAACAGUAGCAUUUGAUUCAUGUGGCAAAGAGCCAAGGAGUGGUUCGAGGCACAUCGGCUGCUUGUAUCUUCUCGCUCCAUGUGCCUGACAUUUCAGGCCCGAAAAUUGCCACCUGAGUCGUCCCAUCAAGGCAAUGCCCGAUGACUUGGUUGGCAAAUUCGAGAAAAAAGUUUUUGCAGAAAGUUGGCGCAGUUUGGAAUGCUGGAAUUUUUGUUUAUGCCUACAGGAAUUGAAGUGAUCCUCGUGAAAAUCGUUCUACUAGUACGUCCCGAAGAGGACUUUCUCCUUACAUUAGUACAUUACAGGUGUUUAUACUCAGUCAGUUUGCUGGAGAGUUUAGUUGGAUGAUGCGGAAGUAAUAAAGCUGUCGUGUAUGUAUGAUAUUCAAAGCAAUCAUCGGUAGCUUGAAAAUUCUCAGGAUAGAAGUUUAACCCAAUGCAUUACUCGACAGCCUUUAAUUCGGCAUGACUAAUUCUUGUGCUUGUAUUUGGCCUAUUCGCAUCGUGAAGGAGAUUGUGCUUUUAAAGAGAUUCAGUAAUCAGUCUGCUCCACCA